CUCCAGCAGAGGCCCUGUAACCUCCUGUGUGGUAAGGAGCUGUCGCAGGAGGGUACAGAGUACAGAGUCUUCCUAAGAGGAUAUAUAAGAUGGUUGGAAUCCCAGGAUCAUUCCAGUGGGUUAAAAAUGUGAUUCCCAGUCAUAUUUUAGUCAGGGAAAGAAAAUCGCCAGUGCCUACAAGGAUCCUGGCAAACAACCCCCUACAUCUCAGCUUCCUAGAUGCCUUCACUGGAGACAGGAGGGUGCCUUCAAUGCCUGGGUCUCCCAUGGAAGUAAAGAUUCAUUCUCGAUCCUCACCUCCUACCAUGGCACCAUUGCCACCUGUGAACCCAAGUGGGCCGCGGCCCGUAUCCUUCCCUCCCUCGUCACUUUCUAAUGGAAUGAACCAUUCCCCUCCAUCUCUGAACGGAGCUCCAUCUCCGCCGCAGCGCUCCAGCAAUGGCCCUUCAUCAUCUUCUUCCUCAUCUCUAGCCAAUCAGCAGCUGCCUGCUACGUGUGGAGUAAGGCAGCUCAGCAAACUAAAGAGGUUCCUCACCACAUUACAGCAGUUUGGCAAUGAUAUCUCUCCGGAGAUUGGGGAGAAGGUCCGAACCCUUGUUCUUGCUCUGGAGGGUAGAUUGACAAUUCCACUGUAACUCAUAGAAGAAUUUCACUGCAAGCUCCAGGAGGCCACCAACUUCCCCCUCCGACCAUUUGUCAUCCCAUUCCUCAAGGUGAAAAUUAUAGCUACGCCAAUUUGGCCGCUUCUCCAGAGGGAGUUACUGCACUGCGCGCGUGCUGCCAAGCAAACUCCUUCCCAGUACUUGGCGCAACAUGAACACAUCCUCCUCAAUACCAACACGUCUUCUCCAUCUGAUUCUUCUGAGCUGCUCAUGGAAGUGAAUGUGAAUGGAAAGAGACAUAGCCCAGAAAGGAGAGAAGAUAAUGUCUUGAAAGAGAGCCUUUACCCCCCAGAGCCCCCAGUCUAGAGGGUGUGUACCAUCAGUCCAGCCCCCCGACACAGCCCUCUUUCUUUGCCCCUCUUGAACCCCUCCAGCCAGUUUCAUCCCACCCCUCCUCCUCUGCAGCACUAUACUUUGGAUGAUAUACCAGGAUCACAGUUGUACAGAGAACCACUGGGCAAGAUUGUGGAAUGCAGGGAUGGGAGAGAGCGCCACCAUGCUAUAACAGAUCAAUGGCAGCUUAACAAUGGUUACCAAGAAGAGCUUGUAGAUCACCGGCUGACGGAGAGAGAAUGGGCAGAGGAAUGGAAACAUCUGGAUCAUGCUUUGAACUGCAUCAUGGAGAUGGUGGAAAAGACAAAACGCUCUAUGGCUGUACUGCGGAGGUGUCAAGAAGUGGACAGGGAUGAGCUGAAUUACUGGAAGCGACGUUACAGCGAGUCUUCCGAGCUCCGUAAAGGAAGUGAACUUUUAAGCAGGCAGCACAGUCCAGCGUCUACUGACUCCGGCACCAGCGACUCUCAGAGGGACUUUGGAAGCCGAACUGGAGGAAAUUAUGUGACUGAAGAAAUCUGGCGGAAAGCAGAAGAAGCUGUAAAUGAGGUGAAGCGACAGGCUAUGUCCGAGGUACAGAAGGCAGUAUCUGAGGCCGAACAGAAAGCAUUUGAGAUGAUUGCUUCAGAGAGAGCCAGAAUGGAGCAGACUAUUGCAGAUACCAAGAGGAGGGCGACCGAAGACGCCAUCCUUGUAGUAAAUGAGCAGGAGGAGUCAACGGAGAGCUGUUGGAACUGUGGUCGGAAAGCCAGCGAGACCUGCAGCGGGUGUAACAUUGCCCGAUACUGCGGAUCAUUCUGCCAGCACAAAGACUGGGAAAAGCAUCAUCGUAUCUGUGGCCAGAACAUACAUGGUCCUUCCAAGGCACUAACUCCUGUCCGUUCCUUAGUACCCAAACCCUCAGAACCCAUUUUGCUUAGUCCUGGCAUUGAGAGGUCAUCUGGUGCCACCUCACGCUCUUCCACUCCUGCAUCUGUCACCGCUGUCGAAAGCUUGUAAGCGGGGGUUCUACCUUGUCUUGUGUCUCUUGUGAUUUCUUCCACCAACUUGGACUUUGGAUUAUAGUAGAAGAAUAUAUAGAUGAAAAACUUUUUUCUGAACCCCUGUGAGAUAUGGAUUUGCCAUAUUGUUUACCUGGUGGACCAAACCAUUCACAUAAGAGUUCACAAGACAUAAGAAACAUGGAAGAACUGCUGUCACAAGCAAAUAUCAUCCAAAUAAUUCUCUGCCCGUUUGUAACCACUGCUAGGGGUACAUGGUGGCAGACCACAUACAGUCAUCUGAUAGCCCAGUCUUGGUUCUGAAGAUGGAAAUCUACUAGUAAUAAGAUAUGAACUUCUUAAUAUGGCUGAGACUCAAAGACUAAGAGACCGAACUACACCAAAAUGGCAGCACAAGACAUCACAUUGCUCCUGUGCAUGUUAUUUUUAAUGUCUUUCCCUUUGUUGUACAUUUGUCCUCAUUUUUUUAGCUGAAAUUAAUUGUGUCCUUGUGUAAAAUGGCUGCUGCUAAGUCCCUUCACUAAUAAUGGAGAAUAGUAGAUCAGAAAUCCAGGAAGAAAACACGCUCAGUUAAAAACUGUUACUCACAAUGGAUGAAGCUAAUGAGAUGCAUUGCAUUGUGGGAAACUGGCCUCUUGUUCCUGGGCGGAGACCUGAAGUACCAGACCAGUCAUGUAAAGAUGGCCGUAAAGGAAAAAUGAAAUGUGCUGUACUGUUCCUAUGCAAAAUGGUUCACAUACAUGUUUCACUCUGAGAUCUGACUUUAGCUUUACUGUUCUUUAAAUUUGGUAGGUUACUAAUUGUGUGAACAGUCUUUAAAGGUUAUGGACACCUUUGGGAUAAUUUUUUAAAUGAUUGCAUUUUUGCUCAUUUUUGGCUAAAAAGAAUUUUUUAGUUGGACAUUAUUAAACAUUUUCAGCCGUUUUUGAGUUAUAGGGGUUAGAAAUCAGUGUAUUUGCAGACUGUCCCUCCUGAGUUCUGUCAGUUGAUGGAUCAUGUGAAGAAUUGUCUCUGAUCUCUGUUUAGCUAUAAUGAGGUCAGGAGAUCACAGAUAAGGCUUCACAUGAGCCAUCAGCUGACGGGAAUGAGAGGUGAUACUUUGAAAACAGUCAGAUUUUUUAUUUUAUUUUUUUAACCCCCGUACUCAAAAAUGGCUGAAAAUUUUUAAUUUUGACCAAAUGAAAAAAAUCUUUUUAGCCCAAAAUGAGUAAAGCGCGAUUGUUAAAAAAAAUUCCCCCAAGAUUUCCUAACCUUUAAUUACAAGACAUGGUAAAAGGGAUCAUUCUUAAGAAUUUAGAUGCAUGGAAGCAAAAUACAACAUGGCCAAAGUUGCAGAUAUUGCUUCAGAGUCUUGGGUGCUUCUAAAGAAUACAAUUUAAGGUCCUGGGAGCUGGGAACUUCAUCAAUCAAUGGGUCCUAGCACCACGAAAAUGCACAAGCUGUUACACCAAUGAAAUCAAUGCCUUUCUUGUGAUAUCUGAAAUGGCAGAGCCGAAGAGAUCUAACCACUAUGUGAGUAGCGGGAUCUUAUCUCUCAGGGUAUUGGUGGGGGUCCCACCUUCUAGAUCUUCAGCAUGCUGACAAGACGAUUUUAAAUUUAGGUGAACCCUUUAAUCCAGCACGUAACCCAUCAAGGGACGGAAAUGAUCGCGUCAAGUGUUGGCUAUAGAUAUGCUUUAGCAUCACGUUGCCCUGGGUGCUGUGUUCUGGCAGCGCCAACCCUUGGCAAGGGUAUUUAGAUACAGGACCAAAUGUAAGAUUUGCCCUGUGUGAAUGGGAGGCCUAGCUACGACCUUUGCAUGUUGCUCUCUAUGAUCAUUAUCUGUGUUGGUGUACCAUUUUAAAUGUAGCAGAGCUGGCUUUGUCAUCUAAUACUUGCAUUGUAGAAAACUAUAGGUUUACCCACAGCCACCGAUAACACAAUCUAAGAAGCUGGGUCAAAAGAUAAACUCAGUUCUGCUCCAUCUGUACAAGACCAACCCUCAUCCGUUUGGGUUGCAGUUAUGACAUGGUGUGUGUUAUGCAGCCUUUUCACAUAUAUCCUGCACCCCCCUAUCUUUGUCAGUUGUAAAACUCCCUUGGUGUCCAAAGACAAUGCGCCACCAAAUGCAAAUCCCAUUGUGUCUGUCUUGGAGUCAUCUAUUUUUCUACACAAAUGUCCGUAGUCCUAUUUAAAUGUGUGUGUUUAUGAUAUUUUUUUGGGUUUGCUUCACGGCUGCGUCCUUAAAAGAAGCCCAAAUUUUCUAUAUUAUCAGAUAUUUCAUUUAAAUGCUAUGUAAAUGUGUAUCUUGUAUGGAUAAGCUAGGCGUUUAUUACCAGGUUUAUUCAAUAAAUUCUGUUUUAUCCA